UUUUCCAAAUGAGAUAUGCAUGUGGCACUGGUCAUGGCAAAUCAUUUGGCAAAUGAUAAGAUCGUUGAAGGAUGGGAAAGAACAGAGACAGAGAAAGGGGUUCCCUAUUACGUGUGUCACAAGACAGAGAGUACAUCCUGGAAUCACCCAUUUUACCUGAAAAUCAUGGAGGAACUGGAUGAAUAUAGAGACAUCAGAUAUGCAGCAUAUAGGACUGCCUUCAAAAUACGACACAUACAGAAGCGACUCAAAUUGCAUCAUGUCAAGCUGGAGGCCAUGAAGGAGAUGUUGGAUUGCCAUGGUUACCCCGAGAGCUGUGACACAGUGAUUGGUUGUGAGGAACUACAGGAACUUCUGACCAGCGUGUAUCAGACGGCCGACCAGGCAGCUAACGUCACCAUCCAGCAGGCGGAGGUGUUUGCCCAACUACUGCAGAAUCUAGUUCUCAAUUUGUUUGACAUAGACAGAACAGGUUGUUUGAGAGUUUGCUCAGUGAAGCAAGUCCUGAUCAUUUUGACAUCAGCUCGCCUGGCAGACAAAUACAGAUCUCUUUAUCAUGAGUUGGCAGAGCCCAGCACAUACAUAAGCAGUAAAAAUCUCACCGCAUUUCUUCAAGACCUCAGUCAGUUACCAGACCUGCUACAAGAGGGUGCCAUCUUCGGUGGGGAUGUCACUGCGACUGUCAACAGUUGUAUCAACAUGGCUGACAGCAGCGUGGGGAUUUCGGAGGACCAGUUCUACUCAUGGCUGUUGAAGGAGCCUCAGACAUUGGUGUGGAUACCUACCUUCCACAGACUGGCUGCAUCAGAAACAGUGAAACAUGAGUCAAAGUGCAACAUCUGUAAAACCUACCCUAUUGUUGGAUUUAGGUACCGAUGUCUUCAGUGUUUUAAUUUUGACAUGUGCCAGCAGUGUUUUUACAUGGGAUGUACCAAAAAGAAACACAAACUGAAACACCCCAUUCAGGAAUACUGUCUUUCAACAACAACAAAGGUGGAUACAAAGGCCUUUCUGAAGACAUUGCGCAAUAACAUCAGCAAAAAGCAUCGACAGAAAUCAAGGCAAAAAUACCUCCCUGUUGUUGCGGAGAGUCAUUUGUUUUCCCACACAGCAGGUAUGAGGAGAGAACCCCCAGCUCCAGAUAUACAUGAAACACUCACUCAGCAAAUCCAGCAGUUGUCAGAGGCUGAAGCUCAGUUCAAAGGUCAAAGCAGUGCUGAUGCACUCAGUCAACAGAGGCACCUAGAGAAAAUCAUUGAACAACUGAAGGAGGAAAACAGGAGACUUCAAGAAAAGAUAAUGACAAUGAAAGAGUCCUCUGAUACAGAGAGUAAUGUUAGUGGUGGAUCCAGACCAUUAAGUGGUGUGUCUCCAGGGGACACUCCACGCCAUUACAAGGUGAGUGGUGGAUCUAGACCAUUAAGUGGUGUGUCUCCAGGGGACACUCCACGCCAUUACAAGGUGAGUGGUAGAUCUAGACCUUUAAGUGGUGUGUCUCCAGGGGACACUCCACGCCAUUACAAGACUCUCUUAUCAUCCAAGUUGGCCAACUCUAACCAGCCACUGAGUCCCAUUGUUCCUGUACAGAGCCCUGACCCAGAUACCCCCCACAGCCGGGGGCCCCAGUACGAUAGCUUGGAUUUCCUGGAGGUCAGUCCCUCCCACUUCACCCUCCCCUCUCUCACCAACAGCAGGGAGUGUCUGGAUGAAGAGGAAGCUAUGGAUGCUUUGGUCAACAAGAUGCAGCUUAUUUUCCCAAGCAACAUGUCAUAUUCAGUGUACUCCUUGCCAAAAUGUGGAGUAGAACAAGACGAAAUGCUGCAGGCAGCAUCCACCAUUGGCAGUGCAAUGACAGAUUUUGUGAGUGAAGCCAUCAUGCCCCACAACAAGCAAUCACUGGGAUAUUGAUGCCACAGAGCACUGCUGAUGGAACCCACACAAUAGAAAUCCACUUGCACCAGCCUUGCAUGCAGCCAUCCCAAACCGUGCCAAAACUUUGAAUAUAGCCCAAAACCUGCCACAUUUUGUACUGUAUAUUUUGUUUGAGACUUCAGGUUUUUUUCCUCUUCAUUUUUGGUUGUAAUAUUUGUAUAUAUCUGUGUAAUUUUUUAUAUUGGGUGGGCUUUUGUUGUUUAUCUGUCAUUUGAGCCGUUUUAUGAAUUUUGUGCAAUAUAUUGCUUUAUAGGGGAGAUAACUCUUUGAUAUUAUAACUACAGCAACUGCUUGCCAACACUUUUUUUAAUUUGUUUGGUUGUUUCUUUUAUACAGAUUUUGCAGCAACAUAUAUAUAUGCAAUGAGUGAAAAUAUUUUUUGUUUUUUGUACAAUCCAAAUAAUUUUGAAUUUACAACUUUUAUGGAAAUAAAUUGAAUUUUAGAGAU